AUGAUGGGAAGUUCAGUACAGAAAUUAAGCACGUAAGCUGCUUCUAGAGAUGAGGCCACCGUUUCAAGAUACAAAUCCAUGCUAGAAAGACUUGAUUCGAAGAUAGACAAGAUGCCAAAAGUUCCUGAUUUUCCCAAGGGCCACGAAUGGCUUAAUACCAAAGAUGAGAAAGAUCUAUCUUUGGGUCGAGAACUUAAGAACAAGUUAACAGUCGUAGACUUUUGGUCCAGUUGCUGUAUUAAUUGCAUUCAUGUCUUAGCAGAGAUGGAACAUCUGGAAAAGACCUUCAAGGACAGAAAAGAGGUAGCGUUUGUCGGAUGCCACUCAGCUAAGUUCGAUAACGAGAAAGAUCUAUACAUGCUCAAGCAAGCAGUGAUCAGAUACGAUAUCCAACAUCCAGUCUUCAACGACAGAGACUUUAUCUUCUGGCAAUCUCAAGAUGUAAACUGCUGGCCCACAAUAAUCAUCAUAGGUCCUCACCAAAAAGUAAUCUUGAAAGUUACGGGAGAAGAUAACCAAGAGACCCUAGAGCAAAUGAUACAUGCUGCCUUAGAGCAUUUUGAGGGCAAACUUGACAAAUCAGAUUUACCUGUAGUUCUUGAGAAAGACAAAUAUUUGGCUUAAACAGAUUCUCAAUCAGCUAAGCCAGAAGCAUUGAGAGAGGAGUAAAUAAGAGCACUCAGAUAAAAUCUUAAUAAUCCUGGCAAGGUAAUUGCCAUAGUUGACACUGAAGGACUUCCAUAUCCUGAUACUACUGAUAUCAUAGCCAUAGCAGAUUCAUCGAACAACAGGUUUGUUAUAGUAGACAUGAAUACUAAUAAAUGUGUGGAUGUGAUAGGAAACGGCAAGAUAGGCUUCAAGGAUGGAAACUUCCAGGAAGCUGAGUUCCAUCACACUCAGGGAAUGACCCAUUUCGUCAAUAGCAAAGGUGAGCACUGUUUGAUGGUAUGUGACACGAAAAAUCAUUGUAUCAGAGAAGUAAAUCUCCACUAAAAAACAGUCAAGAAGGUAGCAGGUUUACCAGGUGUCAGAGGCUUCGACAGAGAGGGAGGAAAGAAACCAGCUAUUGAGCAGAUGAUAGCCAGUCCUUGGGACAUACUGCAUCUUGGAGAUGGUCAAUUCAUCUAUGCGAAUGCUGGCACUCAUCAAAUUUGGAUGCUUGAUACUGAGAAAGACAGGUGCUACAGAUACAGUGGAUCUGCUGCCGAGGGCAACUAUAAUGCUGGGCCAACUGAUUCUCAAUGGGCUUAACCAUCUGGAAUUACACUUGGAUUGUGGAAUGGAAAUCCCUAUUACUUUAUUGCUGACUCAGAAAGUUCAUGCAUAAGAGCUAUUAACUUAAAGACAAAGGAGGCUGUGGGUAUCGUAGGAGGUGACUCAAAUUACAGAAAUUUGUUUGCCUUUGGUGAUGUUGAUGGAUUUGGUUUUAAAGCUAGAUUGUAGCAUCCUAUUGGUGUCAAUUACUGUAGUUUGAAUAACUAGUUGUAUGUGGCAGACACAUAUAAUCACAAGAUUAAAGUUAUGGAUUUCUCUCAAGAGGCAAAGAAUGUGCCUGUCAUUUCUUGGAUCGGUACUUCAACUGAAAAGAAUCCAAGAGUUGUCGAUGGAAAGAAGCCUAUUCUUAAUGAGCCUAAUGGACUGUGGACUGUAGUCAAGGGAGGAGAAUUCAAAGGUAUUCUUGUUGCUGACACUGGUAAUAACUGCAUUAGAAUGGCAACUCUCGACGGAGAAGUCAAGACAUUAGAGUUUAAAGGAAUACCAGAUGUAAGAGAAACAAUUCAAAACUGCGACAACGGAGUAUGCGUACCUAACUUUUGA